CAACAUGGGCCGUUACUUUGGAGACUUGGCCAAAAUCAGACAUGUAAUCACAUACAGUCUGUCCCCCUUUGAGCAGAGGGCUCUCCCCAACUACUUCUCCAAGGGAAUCCCCAAUGUGUGGAGACAGGUCACAUCCUCUUUCUUUAAAGUUGCCCCCCCAAUGACUCUCAUGUACCUGACAUAUACCUGGGGCAACAGCGUCCCUCAGCAGGGCAAGAGGAAGCUUGCAGCUGACUUUGAGAAUGACGAAUGAACUCCUGCCACCUUUGUGAAAGCUCCCCUCUGUUAUUAAUUCAAACUCUGUAGGUUUCACCAAAGCUACAGAUA